UCCAAUACCUCUCCAUACUCUCUCUCUCAAACCAGCAUUCUUCAGCUCGCAGGUGUUUCGGAGGCCCCAAGCGGAGAAUUUUUCUACGGAAACAGAAGGAUUCAAGAUAUGGGUGGCUCCGGGAAGUGGAUAAAAUCAUUGAUAGGCCUCAGGAAACAAGAGAAAGAAGACCACGAAAAGCUUGGUGGUGGCGGUGGUAGGAACAAGAAGUGGAAGAAGCUGUGGAGGAGCUCCUCGGGCGACCAUCUAUCGCUGUGGAGGGGUUCGAGGGGCAGCAGCCACAGGUCGGCUACGUCGGAGGCGUCUGAUGUCUCGUCGGUGACCGAUGCUUUCAGCGCCGCGGUGGCUGCGGUGGUCCGGGCUCCUGCGAAGGAUUUCAUGGCAGUGAGGCAGGAGUGGGCCGCUAUUCGGAUACAGACCGCCUUCCGGGGCUUCCUGGCCAGGAGAGCAUUGAGGGCGCUGAAAGGAUUGGUGAGGCUUCAGGCGAUAGUCCGUGGCCGCCAGGUGAGGAAGCAGGCUGCGGUGACACUCCGGUGCAUGCAGGCCCUUGUUCGAGUCCAGGCGCGUAUCCGCGCACGGCGUGUUCGUAUGUCCACUGAAGGACAGGCAGUGCAAAAGAUGCUGGAAGCCCAUCGAAACAACAUGGAUCCCUUAAAAGAAGCAGAGGAAGGAUGGUGUGACAGUCAGGGCACACUAGAAGAAGUAAGAGCAAUGCUACAGAUGAGGCAGGAGGGAGCUAUUAAGAGAGAGAGGGCUCUUGCUUACGCUCUUUGUCAACAGCAAUCGAAGUCAGCAUUGAAUGGAGGAUCAUCCCAAAACGUGUGGAAUCUGAAACACCAUGAUUUUGAUAAGAACAACGGAAAUUGGAGCUGGUUGGAACGAUGGAUGGCUGCAAAACCUUGGGAAAAUAGGUUAAUGGAACAACAAGCCCGGACCGACUGUUCUGAAGUCCAGUCCUCUAAAACCUGCAAAGAUUCUUAUUGUAUCGGCUCCAGGUAUUCUGAACCUGGUAUGGUACAAAUCAAGAAGAACCAUGUCACUACUAGGAUUUCAGCAAAACCUCAGCCUAUGCUUAACAACCAUCAUCGCUGCAGAGCUCUUUCUACUUCAUCUCCAAGCGCCGAACUACAUUAUGAUGAGAGUUCUGCAUCAUCUUCUUCUAUCUGCACAUCUACACCGCUAUCUGGCAUGACCCUCUUGACAUCAGAAAGGACUGAAGAUAGUAAGAGAAGUAAGCCAAAUUACAUGAACCCGACUGAAUCUGUUAGGGCAAAACAGAAAGCUUGCAACACUCAUAGAACAACCAUGCAGAGCCUGUCAUCAGGGGAGGUACCCCAUCAUAGGAAGACUUCAUCUAACAUCGACUCGAAGAGCUGUAUAGAUUCAGAUUCUUCAGUUUUUUCUUCCAAACUGCUGGAUGCGAUGCCACCAAGGAAUAAAAAGGUGAUCAGACCCAGAGAGAAGAACUACUAUUUUGAUGAGCAACCAGUUUCUGAGUUCUAGUGUGUACUUUGGCAGGUGGCUUCUUGUUGUAUCAGUGUGCACGAGUUCUUUGUAUGUGCUUUUGUUGUUCAACGCCUUGUUGUCAUGUGUGAGUAGAUUCAUGUUCCUACGUCAAAAGAGAACUGCAUUGCUUGCUGCCAGUAUGUCUUUUUAUAACAUACAAGUUCUUCAAACAGAAGAAUCUGCUUGCCGAAUUUAGAAAUGGAGAAGGUUUUCUACUUUCCUCAUUUCAAAAAA